AACGAGAUGCAAUAAAUCGACCGAUUGGAAACAGGUUGCACUCAUACAUAUCCAGUAACCUACACAACUUCAGUUCAUUAUCCUAAUGGGUUCACAACAUCACGACCGAUGUCCGUCGUCUCAACCGCCACAAGUGCUAGUUAUCCGGCCGCCACCCGUCUUCGCCGUCCACGAACAAUACAUCUCCAACAAAUUCCAUAUCCUCAAAGCAUACGACUCACCUUUACCUACUCACGACUUCCUCCAAGCCAAUGCCCAGUUCGUUAAAGCUGUUCUAUGCUCUGGAAACGGUCCGAUAACAGCCGAUGUGUUACGGGACCUUCCAGCUCUCCAACUCGUUGUCUCUACCACUACUGGCGUUAACCACAUUGACAUGGCCGAGUGUCGCAAGCGCGGAAUUAAGGUUACUAACAUCCAAGAUGUGUUUUCUGAUGAUGUAGCUGACGUUGCUGUCGGACUUUUGAUUGAUGUUAUGAGAAGAAUUACUGGUGGUCAUAAGUUUGUUCGCGGUGGUUGUUGGCCGGUUACAGAACAGUAUCCUCUAGGUUCAAAGUUGGGAGGAAAGAAGAUUGGGAUUGUUGGGCUUGGAAACAUUGGUUCAAAAGUUGCUACAAGACUGUAUGCCAUGGGCUGCAUAGUCUCAUACACCUCAAGGCAAAUAAAAGACUCCACCCCGUUCACUUUCUACCCAAAUGUACUCCAACUCGCUCUCGACUCCGAUGCACUCAUUCUUUGUUGUGCGUUAACUAACGAUACUCGUCACAUGAUUAAUAACAAAGUCAUGAUGGCGUUAGGAAAAAAAGGGAUCAUUGUAAAUGUGGCUCGUGGGGCUGUCAUUGACGAGGCAGAAUUAGUCAAGUGUUUGGUCGAAGGUGAAAUUGGUGGUGCUGGAUUGGAUGUUUAUGAAAACGAACCAAACGUCCCUAAAGAAUUGUUUGGAUUGGACAACGUUGUUGUUUUGCCACAUAGUAGUGCGUGCACAAACGAGUGUUUUCAAGACGCUGCUGAAGUUGCGGUAGGUAACCUUGAAGCUUUUUUCGCAAACAAACCCUUGAUUACGCCUAUUACGAACGAUUUUUAGUGACACAACACUAAUUGUAUUUUUCCUUUUCAUUAUUAUUGUUGUUCAAUAAAAUACAAACUUAUUAGAAAA